AUGGAUCUUAAGGCAGUCCUGUGCGUUCUCGCUGUCUCUCUUUGCGUCAAUGCAGAUGACAAACCUGACACAGUAGAAAGGGUACUCAUUGAAGACACUGAACUAGCCAGAGGCACUGUUAUUGCACCAAGUGUCGUAGGAUGUGCUAUAAAGAGCAAACCAGAGCUUUACAAAUUCAUGCUGGACAUCUGGGGACUAUACCAUAACCUUGCAUAUGAGUCCAAUGAUGAAAUCGAACCUCAGAUCAUUUUCUACAAUUAUAAAAACGAGGUCCUUAAGGUGACAAAAAUUAGGAACAAGACAGUUGAUGAAAUUACUGCAAUACUGGAUGAAGCAGGAUUUUACAAGAAAUCAGUAAAAGGAGAAGAGGUGCCAAAGGAGUUCCAGCACUAUCCACUAAAAGCACCAAGGGACGAGCUGUGA